AUGCCUGGAUCACGCAGAACAUGGCUCGGCGCCUUGCUCGACCGAACAUUCACCUGGAUGAACAGCCUUCCGGUGGAGAGCUGUAGCUAUACAGUCGAGAGUUUUCGCAUACCAGUCGACAAGAAUCUAGAACUGACAGCAGAUCUCUAUCAGACUUUGUCUCCCAAACCAAAAGGCACUCUUCUCGUACGGACGCCAUACGGCCUCGGCAUUGCCGCUGCCCUAGGCACAGGCCGCUUCUUCGCUGCACAAGGAUAUCACGUUCUGAUGAACGCCUGCCGAGGCACCUCUGGCUCCGAUGGCCAAGUUGCAGCCGGCACGGACGACGUCGCAGACGGUCAAGCCGUGGUUGCGUGGAUGCGCAAGCAGCAUGGCGAACCAAAGGACAUGAAGGCAGCCGCCAUCUUCACUGGGCCAGACAGCAUGCAGGGCUUUCUUUGGAGUACGGGCGCUAUGCAGUCGCACAUCAUCAUUUGGGCAGACUUGAUGCCCAGGAUGACGAGAGGUGAUGGGAUGCUCUUGCUGAUGUGGUAUAUGCGAUCGAUGAUGGAGACUCUACAGCCGGUGUUUGACUCGGUGCCGCUUGUUGAUGGAGUCAGCAAGUAUCUUGGGGAGAAAAGUAUGCCUGAGUGGCUUCAUAAGGCGCUCACCGUCCCGAAUGACUCGUGGCCGGGAUACGAGCCUCCUCCGACGGCUGGCGUGCUUGAGAAGGCAAACAUUCCCAUACUGCAGGUGACGGGUUGGUAUGAUUCGAUUUUUGCAGUUAUUAUGCAUCAGUACUAUCGACUAUUGGAAAGGGGUGUCACCGUGAGACUUGUCAUUGGACCAUGGACACACUUGGGCGCACAAGGCCGCAAUGUGUCGGCAGAGACACUGCCAUGGGUCGAAGAACAUCUUGCUGGUGGUCGCCCUGAUCCGAAGCCCGCUGUCCGAUAUUUUCUGACGGGCAAAGAGGAGUGGCGCGAAGUGGACAAGUGGCCGCCAGUCCCACGAUCGCGACAGCAAUACUUCCUUGAUACGAAUGAUCGAUUGUCAUUGUCAGCCGGCUCCAACGACCGUGCAGAAUCCUCAUUCAUGUUCGAUCCGGCAAAUCCGACGCCAUCGACCGGCUCCCCUCAAGCAUUUGCCGCCAAGAAGGGUCGCACAGAUGAGAACAACACGCUCAUAGCGAGGUCGGAUGUCAUCAGCUUCACUUCACCUCCACUCACAACGGACAUUGAAGUCAUGGGUCAAUCUAUAGUCACCAUCCACCACUCAACAGACAAUCCUCACGCGGACCUCCGUAUCAUCCUUAGUGAAGUCGACAGUAAGACAGGUAUCUCACGACAGGUCUCGGAGUACUACAGGCGACUCGACCCAAAGCGGUCGCAGACUGAGCCACUGAAUGUCUCGCUUCACGACAUCGCGCAUGUCUUCCGCAAGGGCAACAGAAUUCGACUAUCGGUCGCGGGUGGGUCACAUCCCAAGUAUAUCAGAAACAUAGGAUCUCGAGAGAAUCCUGGAUCAGGGACGACCCUGAGGUCAGUGACUCAUACUGUCAAACACCACACAAGCGCGGUUUCCGUGCUGUUUCUGCCGGUCACGAGUGGUGUUGAUAUGUAG